GAUAAGAAACAAUAACUUUGAUGCCUGUCAGUAUUUUGGAAAGCCAAAUUGACCCUUUGUUUAUUUAGCCUAUGGGUUAUUUAAAGAAUUUAGAAACUUUAACCUUUCGUGUUCGUAUCUGCUGAGUUCCCUUUCCAACUGGCGAUUAUCUAUUGAAGAUUCAGUGGUGCUUCGAUAAAAAGCCACAAAAGCGAAAUUAAAGCAAGACAGGAUUGUGCAGGAGAUCGGAUAUCUCUAUAAUUAUAGUCUAUUAGUGUUCAAUCAGCGUUUAGAGUAAUUAAAAUCUAUCAUGCGUAAAUGGACGACGAAUAAAAUAACACGUUCGUGUCAUUCAAAUAUUAUUGUGCCCUCAAGAGCAGGAACAAUGCGUUGCCAGCUGAUUAUCUGUGCGCUUCUCGGAUUAUUCCUAACAUUCCACAUCAAUAUAAACGUAAAUAUAUGGAUAAUACUAGUCAAGUGGACAAUAGUGAACCAAGUUUUCAGGAUGCCGUCGUCUUCAAGUUUACAAACUUCGUCUGCGAGAGUUACAACCAAUCCUGGUUCGUGUUUCACAACUAUCGUCUGAAGGCCGUCAGUCGAAACAAAGUGCUUCUCAAUAUGAAUGGAACGAUACUACAUCCGGCCAACAAUAUUUCAAUUCAUGUCAGACUUUUAAAAAAGGCAAACGGCUACAAGCCCUGGCUUUUCAAUAUUUACUUUGAUGGCUGUCAGUAUUUUAGAAAACGGAAUCAACCUUUUGUUAAUAUAGUCUAUGGGCUCUUCAAACAGUUUAGUAACUUAAACCACUCAUGCCCCUACGUGGGUCCACAGAUUGUCAAGGACUUUUAUCUAAGACCUGAGCUACUGCGUCUUCCCAUUCCAACAGGGGAUUAUUUAUUGGCGAUUGAGUGGUACUUCGAUAAGAAGCUACAGUUUGACACGAAUGUUAGUUUUACAUUCGUGGAGGAUUUAAUGAAGAGAAAUUAGUGGGAAUCAACUGAAUACAGAUUCAGUAGAAUCCUGAAGAUCCAUGAAAACAACAGUAGAAAAUGUAUUGUACCGAUUAAUCAAAUAUAUGUAUGGGCUAAUCCGUGAUAUUUGACUGAACGCUGUAUGAAACGAAAGGGAAAUAGCAACCGAAAUUGAAAAGGGAAACGGUUAGGAUGAAACGUAAACCUUUCGGAUGCGGUCCACGCUGAUCGUCUGUGUUCUUUUCGGAUUUUUCCUAGCAUCAAACUUCAGCUACAACCUCUAUAUUUGAGAUUGGAACUA